AUGUGGAAAGUAGCUAGGCGAAGCUAUACAAAGUUUAACCCGGACUUUUUAAAGCCUGCCUCCGAUGGCGUUAGAUCCAACUUGAAGCUAUCCACGUCGGCCUCGCAGGACGAGAUUAAUCAUUUCACGGAACUGGCACCAUCAUGGUGGGAUGUAUGGGGUCCUCAAAGGAUUUUGCACAAAAUGAAUCUAGUGAGAAUGGAUUUCAUCCAAAAAACUCUACGUGACCAAUUGAAGGCUGCCCCUGACACAUAUGUUCCGGGUUUCGACUACAAGGCUAUUUUGCCCCCGCAAAUAUCUUCCGCUAUUGAAGAGCAACUAAACCAAGAUAUAAGAACACAGCUUUAUCAACAGCAAUUGAGCGUUUUAGACAUCGGUUGUGGUGGUGGAAUCUUGGCAGAAUCUCUUGCGCGGCUCCCUUUCGUAGCAAAAGUUGAUGGUAUCGAUUUGACGCCCGAAUGUAUCGAAAUUGCUCGUUCUCACGCUGAGAAGGAUCCUGCCUUGGCUCCCAAAUUGGAUUAUAGGGUCCAGCCGCUAGAAGAAGUCACUGGCACGUAUGAUCUAGUGACUUGUCUCGAGAUGCUGGAGCAUGUGGCGCAGCCCAGUGAGAUAUUAAGACAUGCUUGGAGCAAACUCAACAAAGACGGAAUUCUCAUGGUAAGUACCAUCAAUAGAGAUCCAGUAUCGUGGUUUACCACCAUAUUUAUGGCAGAGCAAGUUCUAAGGCUAGUACCACGCGGGACUCACCAUGUCUCCAAGUACAUAAACUCCGGGGAAAUAAAACAAUGGUUUAAAGAAGAGUGUGUUGGUCAGUAUCAAGUAUUGGACUGUAAGGGCUCCAUGUACCUGCCCAUGAAAGGAUGGGUUAAUCACGACUGUUCUGACAUUGGCAACUAUAUCAUGGCCAUUAAAAAGAUUGAAUGA